ACCUCGUCGUCCAGGCCCCCAACGCCGAGAUCGCGACAACAGUGAUAUUGGUGAAAGCCUCGGGGUUUUCUCUCUCUCUAAACAUAAACCCUUCUCGACUCUGAGACGGAGAGAUCAGGGCUCUUCGGUGCUUGCAGGUUUUGGGAAGGCAGGGUUCCUUGUGGAUUUAGAGUGUGGUUAAAACCAGUAGGUCAAUGCAAUUUUGAAACUCUAGUUGCUGAAGUUCUUGAGGCUCUUCUUAAUACUCCAAAUUUGGUCAGUUGCUUGGGUUCGGUUUCAGGAUUGAAGAUGGCAGUUCAAGUCCCGUGUUUUAUGCAGUUUGAUUGUCGAUGCUCAGUUGGAGUCUCAGCCAUUCCAGGUGGGAGAGUUCUGGCUGAGAACUGGACAAGCAGAAAUACUUCACUGAGAGCAAUUGAUGAGAGGAGCACUCUUUCAGGUUUAUGGCAGAGAAGUGUUUCAUGCUCUCCGCGUUUUAGAUGUUCGGCGAACUCUCAUAAUAUUGGCUCAUACUCCAAUAGGGAUCCUUUCUUGUAUCUGCAUCCUGAAGUCUCAGCGCUGAGAGGAGAGGGUAAUAACACUGUGAUUGAUCCAAGGAAAGAAGCGCUUACUGGCAAUGUGACUGAAAAUUUAAGGGACUCAUCUCUUCCAAAUAACUACAAUGAGGCCAAGAUAAAAGUUAUUGGUGUUGGUGGUGGAGGAUCCAACGCUGUCAACAGAAUGAUAGAAAGCUCCAUGAAAGGUGUGGAAUUUUGGAUUGUGAAUACUGAUGUUCAAGCAAUGAGGAUGUCGCCUGUUUAUCCAGAGAACCGCUUGCAGAUUGGCCAGGAGUUAACAAGAGGUCUUGGUGCUGGUGGGAAUCCUGAUAUUGGUAUGAAUGCUGCCAAUGAAAGCAAAGAGUCUAUACAAGAGGCUGUGUCUGGCGCUGACAUGGUCUUUGUGACGGCUGGAAUGGGAGGAGGGACUGGAACUGGUGGUGCUCCUAUUAUUGCAGGGAUUGCUAAGUCAAUGGGCAUCUUGACUGUUGGUAUUGUUACCACUCCAUUUUCAUUUGAAGGACGGAGGCGUGCGGUUCAGGCACAAGAAGGAAUUGCAGCAUUGAGAAGCAAUGUUGAUACACUUAUUGUCAUUCCAAAUGAUAAGCUGCUAACUGCUGUUUCUCCCAAUACUCCUGUGACAGAAGCAUUUAACUUGGCUGAUGAUAUACUUGAGCAAGGUGUUCGUGGCAUCUCAGACAUAAUCCUGGUCCCAGGUCUAGUCAAUGUUGACUUUGCUGAUGUUCGGGCAAUUAUGGCUAAUGCUGGCUCAUCAUUAAUGGGUAUAGGAACUGCUACAGGUAAGUCAAGGGCAAGAGAUGCUGCACUAAAUGCUAUUCAGUCUCCCUUAUUAGAUAUUGGCAUUGAAAGAGCUACCGGGAUUGUGUGGAACAUAACCGGAGGAAAUGAUUUAACACUACAUGAGGUCAAUGCUGCUGCUGAAGUGAUUUAUGACCUUGUCGAUCCAAGUGCAAACCUAAUAUUUGGUGCAGUGAUCGAUCAGUCACUAACCGGUCAAGUGAGUAUAACUCUAAUUGCAACUGGAUUCAAACGGCAAGAAGAAACUGAAGGCGGCUCUUUGCAGGGAACUCAAUCAGGAGGUCAUGGAGAUGGUCUGGGAAUGAACAGGCGCCAAUCCUCUUCCAUCACUGAAGGAAACCUUGUGGAAAUCCCAGAGUUUUUAAGAAAGAAAGGCCGUUCCCGUUUUCCAAGAGCUUGAAAAGAAGUUCACUCUGUUUAACUUGAGUUCCCUUCUCUGCAUUUUUAGAGUGUAAUCACAGUCUUCACAGAAAUAUGCUUAUGUUCUUUUUUAUCAAACUCUGCGCUUUUUAUCAGUUCUCAAUAAGAAUGAUGUAAAUGGAGUUUAACUCA